AUGGAAGAAUUAGAAAAGCAUCCAAAUAAAAAUUUCCGUAACACUAAUCGUAAAAACGAAAUUAGUAAUAUAGGCCACAGAGAGCCUUCAAUAAAUAACUUACUUAAACUUUACUUUAAACAGGGAUUGCUUCCUUUUAAUAACGGCAACAACCACAGAGAAAUUUGGGAUCUGUUUAUCUUUAGAAGUUUCUUACCAAUCAUCCAGGUUACUAUUUUUUUGUUUCAAAUAAUUUUUUAA